UGACAUCACAGCACAAAAUCGGGAAAGCGGAAGCUCCGAUAGGAUAUGCAGUGGUUUUCCAACAGAAACCUGAUUAAUUCGGUGAUAUCUUAGAUCAUAAUGUAAACACCAGGAUUUAGGCAGCUAGAAAAACACCACGUGAGAACCAUGGGUUUUGGAACAGAGUUCCAGGGGAAGAAAUCCCAUGAAGUUCUUCUACGAAUUCAAGAGCAUGAAAUUCGGCUACUGGAAGUGAUGAAACGGUGUCUCAACAUCCGCGUCAAAAGCGAUCGCAACUACGCCGAUGCGUUGUCAGGAUUGGUCAAAGAGGCGCAGAAAUUUACCUGUCCAGAAUUUCAGCCCAUGCAAGCAGUCUUCCAGGCCUGGGAUGUGGUGCUACAACAGACAGACAAACUGUUACAGUACAUCAAACAAAACGCACAGAAGAUGGAGUCAGAGACCCUGACACACCUCACCGAUCUCAUCAGCCGCAAAAAAGACGCCAAGAAAUAUUACAUCGACGAACGGAGUCGACUAGAAAAAGAUUUCAAUAAGGUUCAAGAUGAGGUACAGAAAAAUAAACAGGAGUAUGGUCACUGUGUGAUGAGAGUGACUGCUGACGAGGCUAAGUAUAAUGACAUCAAAUCCAAAGGUGGAAAAUCCUCAAAGGUGGAGGACUCCAAGGUGAAAUACCAGAAAUCUGCGGCGCGACUUCACCGGAUCCACAACGACUACGUUCUGUCACUACGCGAGGUCAGCGCAUGUCAGGAUGGGUACCUGACCCAGACACUGCCCAGCUUCCUCAACUAUCACCAGACAUCACAGGAAAUCCUUGUUCAACAGUGUAAAGAGAUCCUUUUGCAAUACCAAGAACUGACGGACCUAUCUAAUGAGACCUGUUGUGAGAUCUUCCGGGAGACCCGAGAGGCCAUCGAGAAAAUCAACCCCGAGAAGGAGUAUUAUAACGAAGAGUUUGUGAAUAAGUUCAGUUCAGACAAAAUAGAACCUAUAGCAUUUGAGUUUGGUAACACCUUACUGGCAGACUACACUGGAGUACUAGAGAGUAACAAGCUAGCCCUUAACGACCUGACAAGUACAGACCUACAGACAAGGAAGAAGGAGAUAGAGGAAGAGAAGACUCGGUUGGAGUUACUGAUGAAGAAUCGGGAAGUCAGCCUCGGUAACUUAGAGGAGGAACUGAAGGCCAUAGGGAGUCAACAGUGGCAGUCACCAGAGUAUCAUCAGAAAAGACAGGAAGUGGAGAAGCUUCGCUGUGAUCUGGCCGACACGCAAGCCAAGCUAACCACACAGGAGGCCCUGCUAAAGGAAGUGACGGAGGUUAUAGAUGCUGCGGGUGAGAACAUCCCAACCGCGCUCGAGUUCUCAGUCGAAAUCCCUCUAGAUGACGGAUCUGUGUCGAGUAGUAAGUUUAGUCCCAAAGGUCUAAUGGGAAUAAAGAACUUGACCCAAACCAUUAGUAAGGCGAUCCGCAAGACGCACGUAGAGAACGAAAAUAACCAGGAGGGGUACGAAGACCAGGAGAAGGAGAAAAGUAAUGGUCCACAGUCCCCUCCAACCUCACCGGACUACCAGUUGGCUGAGAACAACGCGUCCAGUGGUACAGAGGUCCCGGUAGAAGAGCAGGACUGGUUUCACGGGGUUCUCCCACGGGAGGAAGUCCAGCGCUUACUGACCCGUGACGGCGAUUUCCUGGUCCGCGAGAGUAAGAACCGCAAGACCAACGAACCCCAGUACGUGUUGUCAGCCUUCUGGCAGGGGCAUCGACACUUCAUCAUACAGUAUGCAGAUAAUGGCUGGCGAUUCGAGGGCCGAUCAUUUCCCACCAUUUCAGAACUCGUUAAUUAUCAGCAUAUGUCUGGAGAACCAGUGACCACGAAAUCACAGACAAUCCUAAAAACUCCCAUCAUCCGGGAACAGUGGCAGCUCAGAAAUGAUGACAUUGCCCUGGAAAUGAAGAUAGGAAAUGGUAACUUUGGAGAGGUGUAUAAAGGUGUCUAUAAGCCUAAGUCGAUGGUUGUAGCGGUGAAGACGUGUAGAGAUACACUGUCAGAAGAACAGAGGAAAAAAUUUCUACAGGAGGGCCGGAUCCUGAAGCAGUACGACCACCCCAACAUCGUACGAUUCAUCGGCAUCGCCGCCCAACGCCAGCCCGUCAUGAUUGUCAUGGAGUAUGUAGCCGGAGGUGCCCUGUUGAAUUAUCUACGGAAACAGGGUAAAACUUUAUCCAAGAAACAACUAACAAAGAUGUGUGAAGAUGCAGCCAGUGGGAUGGCAUAUCUAGAAAGUAAAAACUGUAUACACAGGGACCUGGCUGCGAGGAAUUGUUUGGUGGGGGACAAGUCAGUCGUCAAGAUCUCGGACUUUGGGAUGUCCAGGGAGGAGGAAGAGUACGUCGUGUCGGACGGACUGAAACAGAUCCCCAUCAAAUGGACGGCGCCAGAGGCUCUACUGUAUGGAAAGUACACAUCGCUGUGUGAUGUAUGGAGUUUUGGAAUCCUGAUGUGGGAAAUUUUUUCUGGUGGUAUCACUCCUUACUCCGGAAUGACAAAUAACCAGGCUAGAGAACAGAUCGACAGAGGUUUUAGAAUGCCAGCCCCUGAGGGGACCCCUGAAGCCUGUUAUGACCUGAUGAUGAAAUGCUGGGAAUAUAAUCCCAAUGAACGCUAUCAUUUUGAUAAAAUCCACAAGGAACUUCAAUCAAUCUUUAAGUCAUUAUGAUAAUUUUCCAAAACUCUAUGUGAUUUCCUAUGAUGCAACAGCCUGCAAUUCAUUAGUGACAAUUUAUGGUAACAGCUCUUUGUGAAUGAGAAAAAGAGAAAGACAGUCUUUCAUGUACCUGAACAAAUGUGAAAACACCAGAUAUGAGAUUUUUAACAGCAAGAGACAAUCACAAGACUUAUUUGAACUUUGACCCUUAUGAUGGGGAUCAGAGGUCAAGACACUAAAGGUCAAAGUAAAGAAAAGGGAAAAAAGAGAGGUUGAUAUUUUCUCCAUGAUCCACAUUUUGGAGACCAUUGUUAAAUUUGUUGUUGUAUUUCAAAAAUAUGUAUAUAUUAGGUCACAACCUUUGACCUUAAGCCUUAACCUUACUGUCAUAAAAUGUAGAUUCUGUUUUCGUUUGAAGUCAAUACUAUGCAUAAUGAUUGUAAUAGUAAGUACUAUGUCAAUUAACCAUAAGUUGUUUUUAAGUAUGUCAGUCUAUGUAUUAACUGUCAUGUUUUCUUGAUUGUCUUUAAGAGAUGUGCCUUCACUCAUAAUUAUGAUUUCGAGAAAUCUUUAUAAACUAUUAUUUGAUUUUUAUGCGUUUGAUAAGCAUAUACAUUUAAAUGUAACAUUUCUAAAAGUUUUCAUAGAUUUUCAACAUUGUUCAAUAAGAAUAAGAUGUUUAGAUGAUAUUUGCUUGUCAGUGAUUUAAUUCAAAUUUUUCUAAUCAUUUACACCAAUGAUCUUGUAAGUUGCUUUAAACUUUCAAUGUGGAAACCUGAUUGAAAAAAAAUGUUAAUUAUAUGUAGCUUCACUAAAUAGGGUGGCUUAACUGCAAUUGAAAUUAAUACCAGAUAAAAAAAUCUAAAUGAUGAAGCCAGCUGCAUCAUUUAAGUUAUUAAUGAGGCCUCAGUGUUACCUCUUCACCAUUGCUGAAGCAUUGAGGAUUAAAACUUUGUUUAUAAGGUAAAAAUGACAAUUAAGGAAAAUCAGAGUCUUUUAAAUAAACCAAUAUACUUCCUUAAGAUGAGGAAAUUUUUAGUACAUUUAAUAAACAUAUACAGUCAAACCUUUGUCAUCUCAAGCUCAAUGGGACCAACAACAAAAAAAGAAGUCCAAAGGUUUGAUAUAUUUAAGGGUAAAAUACUUCAAGAAAAAUAGUGCUAGGGAUUUCUAAAUCAUGCUGGCAAACACUGUAUCCUGUGACCAUGAUAUUUGAGAUAUCCGUGUUUCAGAUACUUAAGUUUUAAAAAGCUGUAUCUAAUUUUGUAUAAGUUACCCUUUUCUCCUAUGUCCUUUUUUAAAAUAGCUUUUUUUUCUUUCAAUUUUUAAAAUUUAUAGACGAUUUGAUAUUCUUUAUACCUUAAUUGGAUUGGUCAAAUUUUGAUACUUCAUCAGUGAUUGGUUGUUUAAAUAUCAUUGUGUUAAUGAAUUUUGUAUUAUUUUAUACCAUAAAUACUGUUGACAGAUACAUGGACUGUGUUUGAAGUUAUAUAAGAUUUUGUUGUGACCCAUAUGUACAAUAGAGAAAUUUUUAUUAUUGCAAUUUUAGGUGCAAGAAUUAAUGCAAUAUUAUCACAAAUUGAGGUUUAAUAGACAUGAAUGCUUUUUCAAAGUUCAAUAAUACUGUAGCUGUAUAAAUAAAGCAAAAAGUGAGUUUAACUUUUUUAUGACGUAAUAAUGGAUCCAGCACCAAAAUAGACAUUUACUAUUUAAAUUCAUUGAUAAUAUGUCUUGACCAGAGCAUUUGUUCAUGUCUAAAACCAUGAUAUCUUCAGUGUAUUUCAUAAUAGAUAUGUGUAAAUUUGUAAAAGUCGCCAUAAAAGUGAAAACGGACAUCAAUUGUGGAUCUCCAUAACCAUAAUUCUUAUUUUCCAAAAUAUACUAUUGCCUUGCCCUUCAAAACCGAGACAACAAAAUUUUUUAUGUCAUUAAAACAUUUUUUUUAAUGAAAAUCAACUUAAAUCAGAUGUUGUGAAUUACUUAACCUUUACUUUGUUACGGAAAAAAUCAAAACAAUCAUAUAAUAAUUUACCUGAUAUGUUUUUUAUUCCAUGUAAGAUAAGUACUGUAUAUAUUAUUGGAGACUAUUAAAUAUUCU